ACACAGGCCAGAUCCGCGAUAAUGGCCUCGGUCUGCGUUUCGUUAACAAACUGCGUGGACACGGCGAUGUCCACCACGGUAAGACGGUGGGUCGGGAUGACAGGAACGGGAACAGCAAAGGGCACGGCAACGGCAAACGUCGUAACGAACAAGAGACCGAGGCCCACUGUGGUGCGUGA